AUGUUGACGCCAAGUCUUACUAUAGGUAAAUUAACUAUAGAAUUUAUUGAAUAUUGGACAAUUAAUGAAGAAGCUCAGGUCCCUUUUAGGGGAACAUCAAAAUCUGCAGGGUUGGACCUGCACUCACUGGAGGUGACGGUAGUAAAUCCAGGAGUCACUAAGAUAAUUCCUACUGGAAUCGGGGUAAAAAUUCCCUCAGGACAUUAUGGACAGUUGGCCACUAGAUCCAGUUAUGCUCUAAAAAGUUUAAUAGUGGUUGGAGGGGUAAUUGAUGAAGACUACCAAGGAGAAGUCAAAGUUGUACUCAUAAAUCUGGGUAAAAUGGAUGCUAUAAUAUCAAAAAGAGAUAGGGUGGCACAAUUGCUAUUAAUCCCAAUAUAUAUAGCACAGAUAAAAGAAACAACAGCCCCCAAGGAACUAACUAUGAGGGGACAGAAAGGAUUUGGAUCCACUAAUGAAAUUAGUGUAGGUGCUAAAAUUUGGAUUCAAGAUGUAAACGGACCUCCGUCACCUGCUGAAGUAAUAGCGGUUGGCAAGGACCGUGCUCUACUCGUGAUGAGGCCUGGAGUAGAGAAGUGGGAAUAUAUCCCACAGGAAAAAUGCUACUUAAGGGAAUAA